ACUUGUUCUUUUACGGCAUUGUGUUCGAGUCCGCGAUUGAUAAGCGGUUCCGUGACGUAAUCGCAGCAGCAGAAUCGACGACACUCCGCUAGUCCGCUAUGCGUAUCAACGAAAUUCCUAGUCGCAACACGGCAUGAUGACGACGGUGAUGUACUGAUGUCACAGUUCUCGAUUUUUGUUUGAUAUUAUUAUUUUGAAAUGUUUUUCCCGAGAGCGUCGUCCUAGUGCGGUGUGAAAUUGUUGUUGAUGUUGUAGUGUUGUCGUAGUAGUAGCCAGGUAGGUGCGUAAGUAGUUCCCGUCUUUCGAGUUUGUGGUGCGAAAACUCAGAUUUUGUGCGUGACUGAUCGCCGCCGACUCUCCUCGAACGAUUUUUUGUUCGUUUCGUUCCGUUUAUCGCCAUCGCUCCUCGUCCGCGUUUCCGUUAUCGUCCCACCUGAUGUGCUUGCAAUGAACGGGAUGACGUUCAGCGAGUUGAUGUACCUGUUCUGCUGCCCACCCCUGCCAUCCCGUAUCGCCGCCAAGCUGGCGUUCCUUCCGCCACCAAUUACUUACGACUUCACGCCGGUCGACAGUGGUGAGACCAAGUACCAUAUCAAGUUCAACGACAAGGCCGAGUGGCAGUACACUGACAGUGACGUGCAGAACAUUGAGGGAUUCUACGCUCGCACGUCCCGUGGAAAUCGCAUAGCGUGCAUAUUCGUGCGAUGUUGUCCCAAUGCCCGUUACACCAUACUAUUCUCACAUGGAAACGCAGUCGACUUGGGCCAAAUGAGCAGCUUCUACCUGGGACUGGGUAUGAGAAUCAACUGCAACAUAUUCAGCUACGACUAUUCCGGUUACGGCAUAAGCAAGGGUAAGCCGACCGAGAGGGACUUGUAUGCGGACAUUGACGCUGCUUGGCAAACAUUGAGGACCACCUACGGCAUCAGCCCCGAGAACAUUAUACUGUACGGCCAAAGCAUUGGUACCGUGCCCACUGUCGACUUAGCGUCUAGAUAUGAAGUGGGAGCUGUAGUCCUUCAUUCGCCUUUGACAUCCGGCAUAAAAGUAGCGUUUCCUAGGUCCAAAAGGAAAUGGUUCUUUGACGUGUUUACCAGUAUCGAUAAGGUAUCAGAAGUUAACUCACCUGUGCUCGUCAUACACGGAACACACGACGAAGUAAUUGAUUUUUCACACGGUGUCGCUAUUUAUGAAAAAUGUCCUAAAGCAGUUCCACCAUUAUGGGUUGAGGGUGCUGGACACAAUGAUGUAGAAUUGCAUAAUGUUUAUUUGGAAAGACUUAAACAAUUUGUUACUACUGAACUGCUCAACUGACAUUUAAUUGAAAAAAAAGAUGCAGAUACAUCGAAUGGACAAUCGCCCAAUAUGGUAACUAAUGGCUCAGCGACUGAGAAAUUACUUUGGUAAUUUUUUAUUAUUACAUCUAAUACUAUAUUAGUGUAUAAUUUGUAUAAUAUUUAUCAUAUUAAAUAUUAAUCGUUCAUACUAUUUUAUCAUCCAUUACAAUUCAUGUACAAUAUUUUUUUUUGUUAAUCAUUUGCUUAAUCGUUAUUAUUAAGUCAUGACUAUAUAACACUAUUCCUAAACAAGUAUUUUGAAGUUUAAACAAUAUAUUUAAUAUUUAUAUAUAAUAUGACUUGUGUAUUAUAAUAAUUAAAAUAAUGUAUCAGUGUUUUUUUUAUCAAAUUAUUAAAUUAUUGUAUGUUUAUUAUUAUUAUUAUUAUUAUUAUUUAUUAUAGGUUAUAUUUGAUUAGGUUUAUAAAUUAUAUUAUAGAUUUAUCGUUUAUACCUAUGAUAUUUAUAUUAUCAUUAUUAUUAUUAUUAUUUUAAUACAGUAGAGUACCUAUUAACCGAAUUAAUAAUUCUUAACUUUGUGUGAAAUGUGAAUUUUAAACCUUUUUUCCCAAGAAAAUUCGAAAAAACAUUUUUAAGUAAAAUACUACAUUAUUGGAUUAACAACCAAUCCAAGUUUAGCCAAAAAAUUGGUGCUCUGCUGUUGAGUUUAUUUAUAGUUAACUAGUACUGUUUUAAUUAAUACAAAUUAUGAAUAAUGGUUUCGUACUUGUUAAAACACUAGACAUGACUUGAGUAUAAUAUUUAAAUGUAUAUUAUUAUAUCAAGCGUUUUAAAAAAAAAAAUUAUUGCAAUUUUAUAUUGUAAUUUUAAUUAUAUAUUAAGUUGAACAAAACAAAUAUUUUUUACACGCACAUUGUUUUGUAUCAUAUUUUUUGAAUUCAAACAUGUUAUAAUAUAUUAUAAACAUUUAUUAUAAUAUUGAUAAAAAAAAAAAACAUUGAUACUUUCAAUGUUUUUGUGGCCUUAUAAUAUAUUUCAUGUACCUUCUUCAAUGUAAUUUGUAUGAAAUUAAACACUAUUUCUCAUAUAAUAUAACUUAUUAAUUGUACAUUAUUAAAUACUAUUGAUUUUAUAAUAUAUGUAAAGAUGAAUGGUGAUGUAUAGCUGUAUUUCGCGACUAUUAUAUAAGUUGCCGAAUAAAUAAAAACAUUGUUAUUUGGAAAAACAAUUUUAUAUUUGUA